UUAUUCACGCGAAAUACCAAUCCACAGUUGAGGCAAGAGAGCCGAGCAUUGCCGAAGGAGCCGAAGGGCCAGCCUCCGCCUCCGCCGCACGAACCGGCAACGGCAGAGCCGCCCAGCGCGUCCACCGCGCACCACCACGUCUCACGCCCUCCUCAUUUGCGCCAUUUCUCCUCUCUUGUGUUUACUCUCUCCUUUGGCUGGAUUUAUCAAACAGGAACGUACGCGUGUGUCGCCCGAAGGAAGGCCAAGGCGUCGUGGAACUGGAAUAAACGGGCGAUGGUGCUGGAGCGCAAGGGCGUCCGCAAUGAGGCGGGCCACUGGGUCAAGGGCGACGGGGGCCACAAGCACGGCUUCCGGCUGCUGGAGGAGCUCCAGGCCGCCAACGCCACCACUCUGCCGGCCAUCCUGGAGUACGCGGCCAACAAGCAUGGCGACGCCCCAUGCAUGGGCACGCGGCAGCUGCUGGGCCGGGAACGCGUCGUGGAGAGCGGCAAGAAGCUGGAGAAGCUGCAGCUCGGGGACUACUCGUUCCUUACGUACCGCGAGGUGCACGAGCAAGUGGUCAGGUUCAGCGCUGGGCUCGGCUCCAUCGGCACGGGAGAAACCGGCAGGAUCGCCAUGUUCGCGGAGACGCGCGCCGAGUGGUUCAUGGCGGCCAUGGGAAGUUUGCGCCAGAAGCUGUCACUCGUCACCGUGUACACCAACCUCGCAGAUGAUAACAUCGUGUCGUCACUGAAUGAGACGGAGGUCAGCAUGAUCAUCACCUCGUACGACCUCCUCGCUCGCACGCUGAAGCUCCUUCCCAAGUGCCCUGCUAUCAAGCAUGUGAUUGUGAUGGAGGAUCAGCUGGAGGGCAUGGGCACAGUGCCCGAAGACCUCACGGACGUGACUGUGAUGGCCUUCAAGGAUGUGGUAAAAGCUGGGGAGUCCGUGGAAGCCACCUCGGAUCUGCCAGCUGGUGACGAUCUGGCCAUCAUCAUGUACACGAGCGGGUCAGGAGGUCGUCCAAAGGGCGUGGAGCUCACGCACAAUAACAUCUUCUUUGCCAUCACGGGCUACGCCAUCCAGGCAGACAUUGGCCUCGGCGACCGUUACCUGGCUUUCCUUCCCCUCGCCCAUGUGAUGGAGCUGGCCACCGAGAUCUCGCUCGUCGCCAUGAACGUGACCAUAGUGUACUCGUCGCCGUUGACCCUGACCAGCGUCAGCCCCAAGAUAAUGAAGGGGACGCUCGGCGACGCUCAGGUGGCCAAGCCAACGUGCCUUAACGCAGUGCCGCUUGUGCUCGACAGAAUCAUUAAGGGCGUCACUAAGGUCAUUGAGGACCAGGGCUACCUCAAGGCAAAAAUCUUCAAUGCAGCCCUCAAGCUCAAGCAAACGGUGCCGCCCUCGGUGAGUAAGCUUUUUGAUACUUUGAUAUUCAACAAAGUCAAGGAGCAUCUUGGAGGCGAGCUGCGCAUGCUAGUGGUGGGGGGAGCCCCGCUGUCGCCUGAGACUCACACCAAGAUCCGGGCCAUGUUCGGCUGCACUGUGCAAGUGGGCUACGGAGCCACGGAGACGGCCGCUUCUAUCUCAAGCACUGACACCGACGACACUCGCACAGGGCAGUGCGGCCCGCCUAACCACGGGGUCCUGGUCACCCUCAGGGACUGGGAGGAGGGUGGCUACCGCACCACGGAUGAGCCUCACCCCCGAGGAGAGAUUCUUGUGGGGGGCCCCACAGUCUCGAGGGGCUACUUCCGCCUGCCAACCGAGACAAAGGAGUCAUUCAUUGAGAUGGAUGGUCAAAGAUGGUUCCAGACGGGAGACAUCGGAGAAUUUGAUGACACGGGUGUUCUGCGUAUUAUCGACCGCAAGAAGGAUCUAGUAAAGCUGCGCACUGGCGAGUACAUCUCGCUGGGGGCCAUUGAGAUGAAGCUAAAGACGCAUCCAGUGAUAGAGAGCAUCUUCGUGUGGGCAUUCCCUGGCGCUGAGAACUGCGUUGCCAUUGUCGUACCUAUCCACGACCGCCUUAAGAAAAUUUCAGACAACCUUGAUCCUAAGGCAGACCCAAAAGGGGAAACCAGUUUUCCCAACCUGUGCAAGGAAAACCCCGUGGUGGCCGCUGUGCUGAAGGAGCUGCAGAGCCACGGCAAGAAGCAAGGCCUCGGGCGCUGGGACAUCCCCUUGGGCCUCCACCUAAGCCCUGAGCCGUGGACGCCGGAGUCCGGCCUCGUGACGGCGGCUCUCAAGAUUCGGAGGAAGCCCCUUGUCGCGCACUUUAAGGCAGAAAUCGAUGCUCUCUAUGGCAACUUAGGCACUCAAGAAUAGGACGCUUGUAGAUCUGCUUAUUUAUAGAUACAGUAUACACUGAUCCGGGAAAAGACUAGAUCGAGUAUCAGCUGUUCAGAAAGUGCAGCAUAUUUGAAAUCAUAAUCGGGGCAAACUCGGGUCAAGGUCAAUGGUGACUAAUGCUUGCUCUUCAUGUUUUUUCCUGCUUCCUCAUUAUCGCAAAGAAAACAAGUGUAUUGUAAGCAAAGUAGAAGAAAAACGAUAACAAAAGAUAUUCGGAGUUAUUGGUAUUAUCCAGUCUCAGCAGUUUCCGUACGUCUUGUUUGUCCAAGCUUUCAAUAUGGCAACAUUUUCCAGAUAAUACAAGAUCCAGUUUUUGUCGAGAUCAGUGAUUGUAUAUUAUUAUUAUCAUAUUAUUAUUUUGAUAAAUUUUGAUACUUUUGCAUUUUUAUACCAUGAUUUGAGAAAAAAAAUGUAUCGUUUUUGAAAACGAUUGCUAAGUGCAAUGUGCAGUGGCAACAAAAUCUGAAAACCAAAUAUUUGAACGAGGACCCCGAGCCUACAGUAAGGUGCCAAAAGUGUGCGAGUAAACAAAAUGCUUAAAUGGCCAUUUCACUCUUAUGCAUCUCACUCAUCCUGUUUAUUACAACAAAUAUUUUUUGUUUUUGUUUGAUGGAAUGGCUGUGUUUGCAGCCAUGAUGAAGCAUUUUCAUUUGUUACGUUUGUGUAAUACUUUUAGAUGUGUGGAUAUGCACUAUGUUAUUGUAUGUUGGUUAAUAAUGUUAUUCUUUAAGGGGAUCACUGAAUUUCAAGUGUUUUUCAUCUACACACUGCUUCAUGUACUACACAGAAAUGCAGUAGCCAAAGCGCAAACUCUAAAGUCUACGAUACAUGUAGCUCCGCAAUUCGCGCCAACGCAAGAGCAUCUUCGUGAUGGCUAACAUACCCUAACAGAACCCACCACACCAUCCAUAUGCCGCAGACCAUAUUUACUCUUUAUCGGCGCCGUCGUGGCGUUAGUCACUUUGGAAAACAAUUUGAUAAAAAGUGAUUUCCGACAUGUUCUUUCAUUUGCAAGUGAACGGUACAACUCGCCAUAAACGUCUCUUUCUUUCAUGUUUUUUCCUUAUUUUUACACAAUUUUGUCGUUUGUACAGGAAGAAAUGCAGAGUAGAGAAUUUCCUCGUCCAACCGGAAGAGCUAACUACGUUCAUUUGGUUCAGUGGAGGAAGCCCACAAUAAUCAGCCUCCCUUGUCUUGUCUUGUAGUUAAGUGUUGAAAGUAAGCUUCUGUUAGAAUAGCAUUGCGCUCGACAUUUUACCUACUCUGUACUUCUUUGUCAAAGGCAUAUUAUAUUUUACUCUUUGUAAGCUUUGCGUACAGCAUAUAUUGUUCACAUCGCUGUUACCAGCUUAUUAAGAAGCCCGUUAUAAUGGGAAGAUAAUUUAUUCAGAGAACGCUGGCAGGGACAAGGUGUUUAUAUAUGUGAAUGUUUAUAUAUUCUAGAUUCAUGUGUGCGAGUCCACUAGGAGAUUCGUCAUUAGUGUUCAUAUAUUACCUAGAAUGCAUCGCUUUGAUAAUAACAAGAAAACCAAAAUUGUCUCCAUCACUAUUUUGAUUAUAUCAUUGACAUCAUUUCAUAAUCAUUUAAUUAUUUGUGAUAAUCACAUGGAGGCCUUCAAUUAGUGCAUAUUCCUGUAAUGUGACUCCACUGCUCGCCGCCGAGUUAAUGACCCCACUGCCAAGCACUCGCUCUUCUCUGGGAACACUAUGCAGUUUCUGUACAUUCGUCACAAGGUUUAAAGUGCCUUAGAGUGCCUUCACACUUUCUAGCAUGCAUUUGUAUACAAGACACAUGUACAUACAUAUACAAAAACAUAAACCCAUACAUAUCCCCUGUGUUCACUUGUGCAACGCGCACCGGGCGUUUCGCGGCAGACAGGGCCAGGGUAAAGGGAGUAUGCUCCGCCUCGUGGCCCGUUUGUAAAAAAAACAAAAACAAAGUGGCCCUAACUUCGGUCCUCAAAAGUAAAUAUGUCUGGACUGCAACAUAUAUUUCUUUUUACUUUUCAAUCCUUGUGAGUCAUUAAUGUUUGUGUGACAUAGAAGUCGUGUACAUCAGCUUCGAACCCUUAUUAGAGUAUCAAUCAGGAAAGCAAUUCAUCUCUCGCAACGAGUCUCGGUAUUAAAGGGCAGUUUGUUUACGAUAAUGAGCUUAUCGGUGCAACGGGCGGCGAAACCGUUCACCCUGACCGGUUUGGGCGGUUUGAGCCAGGCGGGGCAGAGGGCCUCAAGUGAGCCAGGAAUAAUAUACAUAUGUACAUAAACACACACACACACACACACACACACACACACACACACACACACACACACGCACACGCACAC